GGUUCUCUGACAUCCACCUCCCAAAAACAUGUUGGUACAUGGACUCGUUACCCUAAAUUUCCCUUUGGUGUGAAUGAGCGUGUGCGUGUGUGAUGCCCUGCAAUGGACUGGACUAUUCUUGUCCUGAACUCCGGACCACCUCGACCCUAACCGGGAGAAAGUGGAUACUGAAGAUGAAUGAACCCAUCGACUCCAGUCACUUGUAAAGCAGAAAUAUUCCUAAGAAUUUAUUGUUAUAUGAUGCAGAAGUCAUAAACACUCAAUUGCCCAAUGAAUUUGAUGGCUUAUAUCCGUUGUCAGCGUUUUCAGUAGAAGGUCUUCACAGCUGUAUUGCAUACCAGUGCCCAAGUAGCAAUGUUGUAAUCGCAGUUAUAAUUUCCUGUAGUUUGGUUGUACGUAAUAGUUUUAUGACACAUCAGAGGGUCAAGUCCAAGCAUUACCUUUGCUUAGAAGCUGGAAGAGAAGGUGAAGCGCACACUGUCUCUGCUAUAUUCUGGGAUGAAGAGGGACUUCAUUCAGCUCCUGACACUGCUCCUUACUGUCCAGUGGGUUUUUACCCUGGAGCAUAGCAAGUGCACAGGAUCAAGAUGUGACUUUGUGUGCGACUGCACCGACUGCAGCGAUGAGCAGGACUGUGGUUAUCGGGGGAGAGAUUUUGUGUGCGAUUUUGAGGAUGCAGGGAUGUGUGGCUGGACAGGUAAGUCAGCUGAAGGUGGAUACACCUGGGAGAGACGUCAGAGCGGACACCCGCUGCCCAACAGUGGACCCUCAUCUGACUACACCAUCGGCACAUCAACAGGUUGGUUCAUGGCAGUGACUGAGGUGAAUGCAGACUCUCCUAGAACAGCUGUCCUCACAUCUCCUAUGAUGAAACAGUCCUCCAUGACCUGUCGCCUUCAUCUCCGCUACUUUAUGUGGGACUCAAGUUACACCAUACUGGAAAAUAGCCCUCUUUGGGCAGAAGUGUGGACUCCUGAGGGCCAGAAUGCUGUUGUGUGGAGGCCGGAGAGCUCAAGUGUUCGUGCAUGGAGAGAAGGCAUCAUAUUCUUGGGACGUAUUCCUGGCCCCUUUGAGAUCCAGCUACAUUCACGGCGUCAAGAAGGGCGAAGUGGAGACAUAGCUAUCGAUCAGCUAGAGUUCAUGAACUGUGCACUUCCAGUUCCUUCAGGCACUGAGAGCUGUGGGGUGGGCCUUUUCCAGUGCAAACUGGGAGGCUGUGUGGAAGAACGUGCAGUGUGUGAUGGCACAGAUGAUUGCGGAGAUGGAACGGAUGAGGAGAACUGCGGAGGGUAUAUGAGUUGUAACUUUGAGAAAGACCUGUGUAGGUGGGAUAUAAGAUCAAUUUCAUCAUUGAAGUGGAUAAGGACAAGUCAGAUGAAUAUCUCAAUGUCUGAGCCUCUAAGAGGCCCAGGGAGAGACCAUUCCAACAAUUCUGCUUCAGGUCAUUUUCUAUAUGUUACCAGACCAGCUGAGAUUAAGCAAGAUUGGGCAACUUUUCAAAGUCCUCAUCUGGAACCCACCAAUAGCUCACAUCCUUGCCGUAUGGUGAUGUACACACACCAGUUUGGCGGCGUAUCAGGGGGCCUAUCAGUGCUGGUGGCAGAGAGACAGAUUUACCCAGUGUGGGAGCGCGGGGGCUCACUGGGUGAUCUGUGGGUGAAAGCUGAGAUAGAGUUUGUCGUCAACAGCACAUUUCAGAUAUUGUUUGUUGCUGCGAUUAGAGAUCAACCAUAUGGAGGCAUAGCGGUUGAUGAUAUUACACUGUCCCCUGAAUGCCGUUUGUCCAAUGAGUCAGUAUUACCAGAGUCUAUUCCCAAACCACCCAAAAAGCCCUGUACAGAGGCCACCAAGAUUUGUGACUUUAACAGGGACUGCGCAGAGGGAGAGGAUGAAGCACAGUGUGGAGACUUUUCAUAUGAGCAGGGUAGCAAGGGCUGGAUAGACACCAGUAUUGGAAACCAAGGCUGGAAGCUGAUGGAAAAUACCUCAGUUACAGAGGCGUUCUUAUAUGUGGGUGAAGCUGCUGGUCAGCAGCUGACAGAAGCUCAAACACGAACCCCUCCACUCGGCCCGUCCGGCCUUGCCUGCACUCUCGAGUUCUCCUACAGCCUCACAGGCAGCAACCCACACAUAGGUGAAGUGUCUGUAAUGGUAGUGGACAGUGUGUUGGGCUCUCUGCCUCGGCUGUGGACGUUUGGUGGGAGGACAGGUGACAACCCGGCGGAAUCAUGGGUAAAAGAGGAGGUCUAUAUUGGUGCCAGAGAUCGUCGCUUCCAGCUGGAGUUCAGAGCUCGUGCUACAAAUCUUAACUCAGAUGUAAGAAUAGCAGUGAAGGAUGUUCAUUAUGUCCACUGCAACCCAGAAUAUAUACCCUCUACUGUUGAUGGACUAUCAUGUAACUUCGAGACUGACCUAUGUGGAUGGUACCAAGAUCAAAUGGACAACUAUGACUGGAGUGUUCAGAACGGCAUUGACCACACUAUUGGAACUGGUAGAAGUCUGGUGGUGAAUAUGUGGGACACAACACUACAGGGUCUCUCUGGACGUCUUCUUUCAUUUCCCCAGAAUUCAAUGGAUGCGCACUGUCUCUCAUUCUUCUACAAACUCUACGGACCUCAAACAGGUGCGCUCAAUGUUAAGCUGCUUUUCAGUGACGGCUCAGAGCAGCUGUUAUGGACCCGGUUUGGGGCUCACGGAAAUGUGUGGCAGGAAGGACACUGCCAAGUGCCUCAACAGAUUAUUAACUACCAGUUGGUGUUUGAGGCAGUGCGCUCAGGUUUUGAUGGACAGGUGGCUAUAGAUGACGUGGCAUUUGUAAAAGGCCCGUGCUCUUUGCCCACUAUGUGCUCAUUUGAGGGUCAGCGUUGUGGCUACACUAACAAUAGAGAUGGUCUCUGGGUUCUCCAGACUUGGCAUGCAACAAGGACUGGCCCUAAGACUGACCACAGUCUCGAGACAGAGAUGGGGUUCUACAUGCUGGCCCACAGUGGUGUGGAUGUCCUUCCCCAGGGCAGUGUGGCGACUCUGAACUCUCCUGUACGCCGUGGAUUGACUCACACUGAGUGUGUCUAUUUCUGGUAUAACAUGGGGGGAGAUCACCCAGGUACUUUGAGUAUGUAUGUAAAGCCCGUUGAUGGGGACAGGAUCCUGCUGUUCUCCAGCAGUCUGAAUCAGGGACAUGUCUGGCGCCUUGGCAUGGGCAAUGUUAGCUGGCAUGGAGACUGGCAGUUGCAGUUUGAGGUGGUGGGAGGAGGAGAAAAAGACACUUAUUUUGCUAUUGAUGACAUCAGCUUCUCAACUCACAGCUGUCCUACACCAGACAAAGUAUGUGAUCUGGAGCGAGGUCUGUGUGGAUGGAGCAACACUCAGAACCAGCAUUUGGAUCACUUGGAUUGGGAGCUAAGCAACCUGCUGUCUGAAACACACUACCCCACCCCACCAUAUGACCACACACUGCACAAUGAGAGAGGUCACUUCCUUUUCCUUCCACACACUCCACGGGACACUGCUACCCGUAAUGCCUGGUUGCUGAGUCCCCAUCUUCCUCCCACCAAAGGCACCUGCCUGUAUUUUUGGGUUUAUCAGCCUGUCGCCCAAGACAGUAAGUUGGUGGUUUGGGCGCUCUCCAACGUGGCCAAAACUGAGCUUUUGAGCCUCACUGCGGCUGGAGAAACAUGGAAACGUUUCAGGUUGAAUGUCACUUCAGAGACUGAGUACCAAAUUGUGUUUGAGGGACUUAAAGGAGAAAAGGGUGUUCUUGCUUUGGAUGACUUUGGCUACACUGUUGGGGUCAACUGUAUUGGAGAACAGACAGACAAGAUAACUUUAACAUCACCUAACAACACAGGAGCAAUAGCUUCCUCUGUGGUAGUAGCACUUCUGCUGAUGGUGACGCUAGGUGUUUUACUGUUCCUCUACCUGAGGAUGCGUGAACAUGCCAAAUCUCAGACACAGGACUCAAGUGGUCAUCCAGGCUUUCCAAAUGAUCUAUAUGAACCGAAUCAUGUUGUUUUACCUUCCAUCUAUAGUUCGGAGCAGGAGGUGGCAUAAGAUUGCCACUGUGAUUGUGCAACUUGCUGAAGGGACUUUGUGCAAAUCAUACGAUGCCACAGCAGAAGAACUGCUUGUAUCGUUGCAUACACACAUCCGUAAACUCAUCUAGCAGACUACUCAGUUCUGUUAGUUGUAUUAUUUGUCUUUAAAAUUCUGAUUACACUAUAGUGCAAAUCUGGAUUUCAAAUUACAGGUUAACAUUAAUGCACUCGUUCGAAUACAGUAUCACUUCUACGGUAACAACUUAAACGGGGAUUUGUAUAGCAGACGCUCCACAUACACAGAUGGGGGUUUUUUUAAAGAAAAAAAAAGUGUGCAGUUCUUGAUAUUUUCUGUGGGGAGACGUUUAUUUAACAUUUACGAAAGGAAUCUCCAGUGCUGGCGUUUUGUAAGAGUCAGAGAUUAAGCCGUUCUUUUAAGUUUUCAAAGAUGGGAAAGUCUGCAGGAUGGAGGGCUUUGAGGUUUCUCGGGUAACAUGACAAGCUGCAUUUUUUUUUUCAACUUAUUGAAUUGAAAACAGAAAAAAAGAGAGACUGGUGAGGAAUUAAAUUAUGUCUUAUUCCUUACUUAUGGCAUGAUGGUGCUCUGGACUGCUGAGGUUAGUAGUAUGGGAGUGUGCCAGGACAUACUUUUAGUAAAGAAGUCAAGAUCUAGAAGAUGAUACGAGUAGUGGACCAUUACGAUAAAGUGUAUAGGAAUAGAAUAAAAAGUCUACUACUAAUUAGUAUUACUACUACACUACUACUAGUAAUUCCAUUGUAGUGGAUAAUCUGACAAGACCUAUACAACUAAAUGUUCUAAAAACUAAUGUAGAAACAUAAGGAGCUCAUUUGAUGCUGUUAGAAUGAACAUUUUAUAUGUUUACAUGUUAUGAGCAAUAAGUGAGCAUCAGCCUUCUGGUUUUGGAAAAGCAUAAGCAAGUUUGAACUGCAAGUCCUUUGAAAAGCCAAUGUAUACAGAAAGAAUUACCUGUGUUAAAUAGUUGUCUCAUUGUUUUCAACAUAAGAACAAAUUUUACAGUAAACACAUUACCCAAAUGGAAUCAUAAAACAAUAUUUUAAUAUCUAGAGGAGCUCUAUUUUUAUUGUAAUUAUAGUGAUGUAAAAUGUCAACAUUUUAAGGGAAUAAAAAGUGUAAUUUGAUAUUGGAGAUAAGCUAUUUUAUUUCAUUUAUUUAAAAAAAACCCUUUUCGUAUAUCUGUACAAUAUAACUUGCUAUCAGAACACUGAUUAAAGUCAUAAAGCGCA